AUGGAGACUUAUGAGCACAGGGGGGUGGAGACUUAUGAGCACAGGGGGGUGGAGACUUAUGAGCACAGGGGGAUGGAGACUUAUGAGCACAGGGGGGUGGAGACUUAUGAGCACAGGGGGGUGGAGACUUAUGAGCACAGGGGGAUGGAGACUUAUGAGCACAGGGGGAUGGAGACUUAUGAGCACAGGGGGGUGGAGACUUAUGAGCACAGGGGGGUGGAGACUUAUGAGCACAGGGGGAUGGAGACUUAUGAGCACAGGGGGGUGGAGACUUAUGAGCACAUGGAGACACUGCGGUUGAUUGAGAUCUCCUCCCCCUUUGCACUGACUCCUCCCUCUGCACUGACUCCUACUUCUGCGCUGACUCCUCCCUCUGCACUGACUCCUCCCCCUCUGCACUGA